CACAGUCCUUAGCCAUGUGACCGUGACACCCAAGACGAGCAGAAUAGUGUUCCAGUCCAACACUGACAGCGACAAAUACAAUUGCUGCACUUCCGCACUACAGCGCAUACAUCGCCGCGUUGCGUAUCAAGGGCCGCUGCGUAACUGCUCUUUCGUGCGUGAAGCUGAAGCAGUUACCCUUAGCAACGGAGCGCCCAGAUGCAUGCCAGUUAGGUGCCAAUGGGAAACUAGGAUUUUAACCCUAUCUGUUAAGUUGAAAAAAUAAAAAGGUCUCCUGGAAGUAUAUUUUAUGAAGUUGACAGUGAAUGAGAGUAAAUAUUUAUGGCUAAACUGUAGAGUUAAAAGCAGUGCGUUUCGCAAAUUUUGCUUCAGUAUUGUGCAAGGGUGAGCAGGCAUGGGCAACACAGAAAGUGGAUCAAAUCAGAAAGGUUUGUCAAGAAUUCUUCCUGAAGAAAAAGCAGAGAUUGAGCGGCAUUUUGAGAACAUGUGUCGAAUGCAAAAUGGACCUAAGAAAUCAGUGGGUUUAAAAACCUUCCAGGAUGCCCUCGAGAAUUCCUUGCCGUGUACCAUCUGCCAGCGAAUAUUUGAUGGAAUUCACAGUGUUCGUACAAAUAGCAAAUCAUCUGCAAUCAGUGCAGAGAUAAGUAAGGAACAAUUUGUGGUGUUUUUUGUGGAUCUUCUCAGGGGAACAGCUGAAGAAAAAAGCCAGGUCAUAUGUCACAUGAUCUCUUGCAACAGUGAACAUUUGAAAGGGCAUCAGGUCCAGAAGUUUUUAGAGGAUCUGAUUGCUGCUAUGAUACAUGUGCUGAAGCAACACAGCCUUCUGAAGGGAUGGAACUUGGAGAGAAUGCGGGACUGUACUUUAGGUUCACAUGGUCUGGCAAUGCAGCUGUUGUCACAAUUACAAUCUACAGAUGGGCAGAAGUUUGAAAGGCAGGAAUUGCUGGAUUCUACCUGUUCACGGGGCUCCAUUGAGGACUGGUUGUAUAAAAUCCCAAUGAUAUCUUUGUUUGUUAGGGUUGUGCUAACUUUGGGGUUUUCCAUCCUGAAACAUCAUACAGAACACCAAAAAGACAUAAGAACUGUGGUACCAAAAUGCACUGGUAUGAAGAAUGCAUCCUUUGUAAGCCUUCUGGAUCUUCCAGCUGUUAUGCACCUCAACUCUUAUCUCCCCUCUGAUGUACAACACAAGUGGCGCCUUCUGUUUUCCUCACAAAUUCACGGGGAAAGUUUUUCACAGCUCUGUGGGCACAUCCUUGAUCAAGGGCCUUGCUUAUUAAUUGUAAAGGACUCAGAUGGGUUUGUUUUUGGGGGAUUUGCAUCACAAAGUUGGAAAGUGAAACCUCAGUUUCAAGGGGAUAGCAGUUGCUUCUUGUUCUCCAUCUUUCCACGGUUUGAUGUCUACACAUACACUGGCUACAAUGAUCACUACAUGUACUUAAACCGUGCGCAGCAGUCUCUGCCAAAUGGACUGGGUAUGGGAGGACAGCAUGAAUAUUUUGGUCUUUGGAUCGAUAGUAACUUUGGCACGGGACACAGCAAAGCAAAACCAAGGUGCACAACAUACAACAGUCCCCAGCUGUCAGCCAAAGAGGAAUUCUCUAUAGUUGCCAUGGAGGUUUGGGCAGUUGGAGAUAUACCAGAACAUGUAUUGGCAAAAAAUCCAAAGAGCAUUUUGGAUUCAGAUGCUGAGGCCCGGGCUUUGCUAGAAAUGACCGGCCGGACCAGACAGAGCGAUGGCCUGAGAGAAGUACCAGAAGACGAUGAAAGUUAAUUCUGCGUGAGACAGCAGUUGUCACACAAGAAUCAGUGACCAUUUCAGUGCUGGACAACUUCAAUUUUCAACAUUAAAGUCAGGAACACCCUUAUUUAAAAGCUUUAUAUUUAUCUUUAUUGGCUCUGGAGAAUCAUAUGUCAAAUGUCUGUUUUUAAACUGUUUGGUAACCAACCAACUGGCCCCAGUGAUUUUACGUUUGUUUUUCUUUAAGUUAGAACUUGUGGCUAAGGAUUGGCAUUCGACCAUUUCUCUUCUAUGGCAAUGUGAGGCAGGUGCAUUCUCUCUUUCCAGUAGUGUUCAUAUUUAUACACCAAUCAUGGUGCUUUUUUUGCUUUGGAAUGUUUCUCUCUCUCUCUCUCUCUCUCUCUCUCUCUCCUAUUGAACUAAAAUUAAGAACAUGGCUAGAAAUGCCAUGUCUUAUACACUGAACUUUAGCCUAGAGUUUCAGCAUCCCUAUAAUAGUAUCAAUUAAUAUCUUCAGAUUUCUGCACAUGAGUUCACCAUCUUGGAUUCUGUAAAGCCAUCUUUUGAGUGUCAGUGACACAAACACUUAGGGGCAUAUUCAUUAUAGCGUGUAAGCCAACAUCACCAGUGAUGUUACCCAUAGCAACCAAUCAGCAAUUAAAUUUAAAUGGUCACCUACCAUUUCGUUAGAAAACAAAAGCAAAGAUCUCUUUGCAUCACCUGUCAUGUUGCUAUGGGCUAUGAUGUUGGCUUACAUACUAUAAUAAAUAUGCCCCUUAGUGUGGAAAGCUGUUAAAAAGCUAAGCUUAGUGGAAGUCCCUAAUCAUCAGCCAGAAAAUAAUGGUUUGUUCUUUAAAAAAGCUAAUUAUGAUGCAGACUGCACUGGUUUCUGAGCUUCCAUGUUCAGAAUCUAUAUUAAUUUCAAAUUAGCCUUAUAUAGUAAUGGCAGCACAGAGCAUAUGCAGUGAAUCAGCAGAAAAGAAGAUGGGGAGCUACUGGGGGAAACUUUGGAGGCACAGACCUUCCCUGCUAAAGGGCUGUGGUUGCCUUGGGCUGGUACAGAAGCUCAAAACAUAAUGCACAACAUUUUUUCCUUUCUUUGUUAAGCUUUAAAUGCUGUUGAGCACUAUUAAGUAACUCAGGCUUAAUGGCUAUAAGCACAAACUUUACUCUAUGGCCAUUAUAAAUGCUGCAUCUUGGGUGUUGUCACAUAAUAUGCAAAUGUUUUAUAACUGGUGCCAGUCACCACGUCUUAUAAAGGGGUUUGAUAUAUAGUUUAUAUUAAAAUGAUUUGUUUUAGAGACAUUUUUGUUGAUAAGCUUAACAUGUCUGCCAUAUCGAGGAGAUUCCAGAGUUAAUGAAUUUCAGUUGAUUCAGCAAGUAAACCGUGCAGUGUGUUUUAUAAGCUCAUGUAACAUGUGAAUGAGGAAUCCCCACAAAAGUGGCUGAGACCAUUCCCUGAGUUUCCUUGUUGACUAAGGAAACAUUAAAUUUCACUAAUUAUUAUUUUAUUUUUAUUGAUUGACAGUAUUUUCUUACAUUGCCAGAAGAAGUGUUAACACUGAGGUCCUGCUGGCCGCAGGGCCCAAUUCAGAGGCAUUGUGGGCUGGGUGGCUGCCCUGUUUGACCACAUCAAUCCUGUCAGAUUACACUGUCACGAUAGCCAACCAGGAGAAUGCACACUGUAAGCUGACCUGGCUCCGGGCCAUGCACACGAUCCAGCUUGGCAGUGAUAGCAUUGUCGGUUCUGAAAGGAUGUGGCAAGGCCCAAUGCUGGCAUUUGCACACCCCACUCUUCAGCUCUGCUUUGGUCCUAAUCUACAGGGAAUAUUGAUGUGUGGGUCAGGAAAAACUGAACCCACACCCAACCCUAAACCGCAAAAUGUUGCUAUUGUAGGAUCCGCAUUGCAACUUUUUUAUGCAGCAACGCAGUAAAGUUUAAUUGGGCGGCCAAUGUAGGACUGGUUUGGGAACUCCUGAAAUGAUGGAACAUAAUGUAAUUUCAAUAUACAACAUUAUAAAAAAUUUUUUACAGUUAUUUGUAAAUGUAGUUGCUGUUGAAAACAGUAUUUGGCACUAUGAGAUUUGAAGUCUUGGCUGGUUUCUGCUACUUUGUUAAGUCAGAACUAGCAGUGCAGAAAAGUAUGUUUUCCUAUGAUGAGUUGUAACAAAAUAAACUUUUAAAAACUUU